AUGGAGAUGGAUCUGCAAGAUCAAGCCAAUGACCAUGAUGACGAAAUCAAUAUUUCUGACUGUUUCAAUCCAGACGGCACCAUGAAGCUUGCCCUUUACUGUCAAUACAUGGAACAGCAAGAACGUCUAGAUGACGAGGAAGACAACAGGCUCAUGGAAACCAUGAUGGAUGAUGAGAACGAACAAGAUAAUAGUGAUAGUGCCACUCGUGCCACAACUUCAACAACAACAACAACAAGAACCCGUGUUCGCUCUUGCAAGUCAUUGAAGCCCUACUACUUCGAUUCAAAUGGCAGGAAGGUUGAAUUGAAGCCCAGGCAGACGAUCUGGUACUUGAUGUACGUGGUCUCGCCAACGCUGGACAGUGCAAAAUGGCACAAGAAAUUCCGGCGAAGGUUUCGAAUGCCCUAUUCUGAGUGGCUAGAAUUAUUGGAGCAGUGCCAGCAAGACCACCGCUUCAAGCGAUGGAUGUCUAAGGAUGCUGUGGGACUACAAAGCUCGCCACUGGAAUUAAUGAUUUUGGGGGCACUUCGCUAUCUUGGCAGAGGGCUUACCUUUGAUGAUCUCGAGGAAUACACAGCAAUAAACGAAGAAACUCAUCGCCAGUUUUUGCAUGCAUUUAUUGACUUCGGGGCCAAAGUGCUGUAUCCUUUGCAUGUUAAAAUGCCAACAACCAAAGAGGAAUUUCACCCACACCAGAGGGAGUUCGCUGUUGGUGGAAUGCCCGGUGCUGGUUUCUCCUCUGAUGGAACCAACGUUGUCAUGUGGCGAUGCUCUCACAAUUUGAAGCAAGCGAAUAUGGGUUUCAAACAGAGCAAUCCAGCUAGAACAUACAACCUUACCUGCAACCACCGGCGAUUGAUAUUGCACACUACAGAAGGUCACCCCUCCAGAUGGAACGACAAGACAUUAGCUCACUUCGACCAGUUCCUAAAUCAAUUACACGAAGGGAGAAUUCUGCAGGAUGUUGGCUUUGGUCUCUUCUCAUGGGAAGGCGAGAUUGGCAAGUCAAGGUUGGAGCAUACCAGAUAUAAGGGUGCAUGGGGGCUUGUUGAUAAUGGUUACCACCGAUGGUCCUGCACACAAGCACCUGGCAAGCAUGAUCUCCUACGGUCUGAGCAGCGCCUUAGCGAAUGGAUGGAGUCAUUUCGAAAGGAUGCCGAGUGUUGUUUUGGGAUUCUGAAAGGCAGAUGGAGAGUUCUGAAGACAGGGAUCCGAUUGGAUGGACCUGUCGCUGCUGACAAGAUUUGGUUGACAUGUUGUGCCUUGCACAAUUGGCUGCUGCGCACAGAUGGUCUUGAUGAGUGGCAUAGCUCAAUGGGUGAAAACGAUGUACAGGAGAUGCGUCGCUUUGCCCCACUUGCACUGCAAAGACUCACAGAUGAGGAGUUGCGAGUGUUUGGUGGAAGAGAGCACGAACGACAAUCAACUAAUGAAGAACAAAGGCGUCGUGCAAUCCAGAGGCAAAGAGACACCACUGCACAAGAUGACGAGAACAUGGAUGCAAGCGAUGGAAGCAAUGACAAUUUACAGGGACCCCAGCGAUAUGCCCUUGAUGGAAGCGUGCUCGUUAACUCCCUUGCGUACGAUGAUUUCCGGAAUCGCUUGGUUGAACACUUCGACAUCAUGUUUCGAAAGAAUCGCGUAAGAUGGCCAACACAAAGAGCAACAACAAAUAAUAAUCACUAG